AUGCACGCAAGAGGCACAAGUCAUUGGCGUGUAGACGCUGCCGCCAUAGAAAACAAAAGUGCACCGAGAGGCGCCCGUGCGAGAACUGCACUCAGUCCGGAUCCGCCAAGUUAUGUGCAAAGAUUAGAAGAGCGGGUUGCUCAACUGGAAUCGCUUAUCCCGCAGGAGCGCCUUGAUCAUAUCGAUGCUGCCUUGCAGCAGGACCAGGAUAUGUCAGACUCAAGGCCUGAGAUACAGCCUUCGAUCAACAACCCCGCGCAAUCCUUCCGUGCGCCGAGUCAAUUCAGCUCACCUCUUCAAAAUGAUGUAGAUAUUGUCGGACCUUGGGCACAGACGCCAUCAGAAAACGGCGGGCCGACUGACAUUUUUGGCACUCUAUCUGGCAUCUACAGUCCACCCUUGCAGACGAGUUCUGAAGAAGCCGCACGUGAGCUUCCCGAGCUCGAUACGGCAGCGGAGCAGUCCCUUAUUCAAAUAUACUUUGACAUGGCACAGUCACAAUACCCUUUUCUGCUGAAACAUGAGGUCAUUAACUGGGCAGAGUCUUGGAGGACCGAGAAGGACACUUCGUCUUUGGUUUCAAAAUGGAAAGGAUUCUUUGUCUACAUGGUGUAUUCGAUUGCACUUUUGAUGACCAAGACUCGUGUUGAUGGAACUACAAAAUCUUCACAGGCGUUUUAUACCCAUGCGACGUCAAAAUAUCUUCCAUAUCUUGUCAAAUCUCCAAAUCUGGUGCUUCGAGCCCAAGGCUUUCUUCUUCUCACGGUAUAUGCAAUGCACAUGCCGGUGCAGGAUAGCAUCAUUGCCCUUUCUUCUUGGACGAUCCGUUUUUGCAUCAUGGCACAGCUUCAUCUUGUGGAAACAGAACCUCUUGGCUCGGACAGAGACUCAUCUCUUCACGUGCAACAUCGUCGCAGGAUAUUCUGGUGCUCCUACGCCAUUGAUCGAGCAGUUUGUAGCUCGUAUGACUUUCCAUUCUCCAUACCAGACCAUCACAUUACAGUUCCAUUUUACGGCAAUAUUAACGAUGAUCAAUUGCUGCCGGCAAUUGGUCAUGCGCAGCUAACAGAAUCUUUGCUGCCCACAAGUGUGUCAUCGGCGCUUCAUGUCCUGGCAAGUCGGCGUUUAGAGUCUGAAAUCCAAGAGACUCUCCUGUCAAAAGACUUUGCCAUGUCGUCUAGUCAAGCUUUUGCGUGGCGCACCCAGAUGAUGCAGAAGCUCCAAGCCUGGAACCGACAGUCCGAGGCCUUGUCGGAGCCUUCUCGAAAGGGAUAUGUGGGCCAAGGCUGGCUCAAGAUGAUAUAUUAUUACGGCGUGGUGACUCUUUGGCGACCCGACAGGACCAUUGCAAAGGGAUCUGCGGGUGACUUGUCCGUUCGAGCUUGUUGCCAGGCUCUGCUUCUGUUUCGAAAGUUUCAAAUGGCACGUGAGAUUGCUCAUCCUUGGCUUGGACUAUUGACACAAUUCCAAAUCGGAGUGACACUCCUAUACUGUUUCUAUGCAACACCAAUCUCGCACUGGAAAGCAUCCUACAAAUGUGCAGACGUCUCGAGUGCUAUCCGUGCUUGUUCCAGCACUCUGGCCAUCCUCGCGGAGCGGUGGAUUGAAGCGGAAUGUGUCCGUGAUAUGUUUGAGAUACUCGCGAGCGAAAUCCCAAUCGGCCAAUCAUGGGAUAGGCCCGCGGUCAUGGGAGACGCCGGGCGGGCGGCAAUUGAAGAGAAUUGGGAGAGGGUAGCCAAGAUUGUGAUACACCGCCCAACCCUGCGGAUGAUCCGUGAGAUGGCUACGGAAGACUUUGUAGUCGACGGUCCCGAGGAGACGGGCGUCGAGAUUCGUGCCUCCACCGCCACAAAUCAAAACACUGCUGAAGAGGCCACAAAUCUGAUGCCGGGUAUCGGACUACAGUGGCAUGAUUCAUCCACUCCUUCGCUCGACUUUUACGGUAAUAUGGACACUGUAGCGAAUCUCGAAGCUCUGUCUCCACAUACAUAUUUUGACAUGUAG